AUGCCUAUUCUCAGGCUAAGCCUCUUUGUCUUAUUGGGAUGGGCUGGACCUUGUGUGGCCCAUGCCUCCAGUCAAUGCCCUGCCAGUCAAGCACCCAGAACGGUGUCGGUACCAUUGGUCAACUACAACAAUCUCACAUACCUCACAAAACUCAAGCUAGGUACUCCACCACAGGAAUUCUUGGUCAUGCUUGAUCCGGCGGGUACAACGUGGGUUCCUGCCUACUUUUGCACGCAAGGGGAGCCCUGCUUUGGACACAAGAUGUAUGACUGGAGUGAGUCGACGACACAGAGCAGUGACUGGGAAGACGGUGCCACACCCUUUGGAAGGGGCAACGUAACCGGCUACGUGUUUCGGGAUGCUCAUGAACUCGGCGACGUGUCCCUCGGCAAUCUUCAGUUUGUGAAUGGAAUAGGCUUCCACGGGGUGCCCAGCUUUGUGGACAAGCCAUUCGACGGCGUCUUCGGGCUGCGUCUCGGUGCAAACUCUACGCUUUACGAAAUGGCUAAAUUGGGUGUAAUCGGCAGUCCAAGGGUCGGACUUUACUUUAGCACCGACGUGACCGCUCCAGGGGAAGCCCUCUUCGGGGGUGCAAAUGAGCAGCACUACCAAGGUUCAAUGACUUUCGUGGAAGCUCUCGACAGUGCCUUUCAGGUUCAUCUAAAUGGAUAUAAAGUGGCUGGUCAGAGAGAAAGGCUACCAGCAUCGUGGGCUCGGCCAGCUCCAACGGACCCUUUCAUUGGGGGACCCGCCAGCGAAAUAAUGAAAAUCAACACACUUCUUGGCGCCAGAAAGGUCGAGGAUGGAAAAUACCAGCUGCUCUACGAGCUCCGCUGCAACGUGAGGCCUUCCGAUGUCACCUUCAUAUUUGGCGGACUGGAGAUCGUCCUGAGGCCUGAAGAUUACGUUUGGAAGGUGGAGACAACAUCUGGAACUACAUGUUACAGCGGCUUCGUUGAAGCGGAAGAGGUGGCGAAUGCCAGUUGGCACUUAGGUCUUGUAUUCCUCAGACGAGUCUACACCGUGCUCGAGGCGCCACUAGAGCCCUCUGGUAAUGGACGAGUGGGUUUCGCCAUCGCGAAAUAAAUUUCUCAGAUUGCCACUCGGAACAUCUUGGCCAAAUACCGAAUAUACAAAACUUCUCUUUUGUAUGCCUUUGCUUCUGUUGCCUGCAGUGCUCUGCUAACAAUCUUUCCAACAUAAAGAUCGGCUUACAUUUUCUUGUAAAAAAA